AUGGCCCACACACAGCCAUCACCUACGGGGGGUGUGACACCUCACCAUGGCCAUCUCGCAGCUCAUCCGCAGGUCAAUGGUCACCUCCCCUUGCAAUCCCAGAGCCAGAAGGGCCCGCCCUUGACUACCGCGCAGAAGAUUGCUGCUCUGAAUGAACAAGUCUGGCUACAAAUCGGAGCGCUCACUGAAUUGAUGGGCGACCUUGAUGGUGCCAUGAAUGCUUUCGAACAAGCGCUGCGACACAAUCAGUGGUCUAUCCCUGCGAUGAAUGCGAUCUCUUGCAUAUUGCGCACAAAGGAGCAGUUUCCCAAGGCGAUUGAGUAUCUGCAAAACAUCCUUAAGCUGGAUCCCACUAGUGGCGAAACAUGGGGCAGUCUGGGUCAUUGUCAUCUGAUGAUGGACAACUUGCAGGAGGCAUACACUUCCUAUCAACAGGCGCUCUAUCACCUCCGUGAUCCAAAGGAGCCCAAGUUGUGGUAUGGAAUUGGUAUCCUCUAUGAUCGCUAUGGCUCCCUAGAUCACGCCGAAGAAGCCUUCUCCCAAGUCAUGCGCAUGGCGCCCGAUUUCGAAAAGGCCAAUGAAAUCUACUUCAGGCUGGGCAUAAUAUACAAGCAGCAGCAGAAGUUCAACCAGAGUCUGGAGUGCUUCAAAUACAUUGUGACAGACCCUCCCCGUCCCUUAACGGAAGAGGAUAUCUGGUUCCAAAUUGGUCACGUUCAUGAGCAGCAGAAAGAUUUCGAUGCUGCGCAGCAAGCCUACAGACGGGUCCUCGACCGGGACCCCAAUCACGCCAAGGUCCUGCAACAGCUGGGAUGGCUCUACCAUCAGCAAAGCAACAACUAUGCCAGUCAGGAGAAAGCGAUCGAAUACUUGGAGAAAUCCGUCAGCGCAGACAACACCGAUGCCCAGAGUUGGUAUCUGUUGGGUCGUUGCUACAUGUCUCAAGCCAAGUACCCCAAGGCGUAUGAAGCUUAUCAACAGGCAGUCUACCGCGACGGACGCAACCCGACUUUCUGGUGCUCCAUUGGUGUCCUGUAUUAUCAGAUUAACCAGUACCGUGAUGCGCUGGAUGCUUAUUCCCGUGCGAUCCGCUUGAACCCAUACAUUUCGGAAGUGUGGUACGAUCUGGGAACUCUGUAUGAGUCAUGCAAUAACCAGAUUGCGGAUGCACUUGAUGCCUACGGUCGCGCUGCUGAUCUGGAUCCGACCAAUGUUCACAUCAAGGCCCGCUUGCAACUCCUCCAGAGCCAGCUGUCAGGUUCCGGCCAAAGCAACGGCCCGGCUCCUCAGCCCCAGGAUGUUCACCCACAAGCGUAUCAAGCACCCGGUGUUGGAGCACCUCCGGCCCCUCAAUGGGGUGCACCAGCCCCCACCGGUGGUCCACCCCCGCAGGCUCCCGCCCCCCCGAGGCAGAUUGCUGACUGGAACCGUGGCAUCAACGAAGUCCAGUCUCAGGUUCAAGCCCAAGCCGCCAACGGAUUUGAUCACCGCGAUGCUCUCCGUGCUCCCAGCUCCCUCCAGCAACCGAGCCCGCGACAGGAGCCAGGCAGAGUGUUUCCCGAUGCCGUGCGUCCUCAGCCGGCCGUUCGCUCUCCCAAGACUACUCUGCCCGGCGGCCCUAACGCUUAUGGGCCUGGACACACCCUUCCUCAGCUCGCCAACCCUAAUGUUCCUGCGUCUGAUCGCACUCCUGGUGCCUCUGCUGCCUUCUCUUCCGCAACACGCGGACCAUUGCCCCCAGCUCCCGCCGCACCUCCUGCUCCUGGUGGUGCCAAUGGUGCACCUACUCCUGGCGGUACUCUGCCUCCUUACCAUCGCCCUUUCACUCCCCCUACGGAAAUCAGGCCCCUUCGUGACGAACGGCCAUCCUCGCCUGGCUCCACCUACCCACACCAACAGUACCACCACGGCCCCACCGUGCCACCUAGUGGCACUGGCAUUGCAGGUGGCGCGCCUCCUCCUGCCUCUGCCAUCAGUGCCGCAGAAGCGGCUGCCCGCGAGCGUGAGGAUCGUCCUGGCUCUGCUAUGAAGCGUGGUAGAGAAUGGGACUCUGAACCUGGUCCUGCCAAGAAAAUCGCUAGUGAGGAGAGCCGUGCUCGCCUGGACGAACAGAUGACUCGCCGCGUCACUCCUCCCAACCGCAUGCCUUCCCCUGGAGAGAUGCAGCGCCGUAGCUCCUCGGAGGCCCGUCGUGAGGACCAACGCAGAGUCAAUGAAAACUACCACCCAUCUGAGGCGGCCCAUCACCCUCAAACGUUGCCUUCCAUCCAGCACAUGCCCCCCCACCCGGCCGGCGGCCCUAGUCUCCCUCCCAUGUCCGAAACCCCGGCUACGGUUUCCAAUGGUCCACAGUCCGGUCCGCCGUCUGCCACCGUUCCUGUCAAGGAGGAGCCAGCUCGCAGUGAACAAGCCCCGGCCCACGAGCCCGCGGCACGCAAAAUGGACGUAGAUGAAAACUACGACGAUGACGGCGACGAUGAGAAGAGAGCCUCUGCCGCUGUUAAGGGAAGCCCCUCCGCUAGUGCCAACAACAGCAGCAAUGGCGUCCUGGCCAGUGGGUCCCAGCCCGCCCAAGCGAAAACCGAGUCUACCCCUGCAGUCUAG